AUGAUAGACUACUCAGAUAAUCUGUACAAGACAUCAAUAUUCUCCAAAGACCACAAAAUACACUCAUUUACAAAUACAAUUUAUUUUAAAACCAAAAUCAGACUGAUAGAGAGGCUAGAAAAUUGAUUCGUCCUAAAAUAUGAUUUAAAUAUCAAAAAAUCAACUCAAUAUUUGAUAGAGAUUAUUGUAAAUUUAAUUAUUUUUUGCCAAAUGAUUAUAGCACAUCCCUCGUGAUUGCUCGCCAUUAAGUACCCCCUUCGAUGUCACCCACUUUUGACAGUCCUGAAAAUUUUAAAUGUUUAAAAUAUUAUUUGACAAGUUCCCCAAAUAUUUUAACUUGUCAAAUUCAUAUUUAACAUGUUAAAAUAUUUGGGACAGUUAGGGGUGGGUGGCAUGGGAGGAGGUGCUCAAGACCGAUCCAAAACGGGAUUUAACCUAUACUAUGCUAUGAUACCCAGAUAUGGAAAUUCAAAACUGAAGCAGUUAUUUAAUAUGAUGAAGACUCAUAGGUUAUUUUAGCUUUGACACUAUAUGUGCUGAUUUAAACACAUUUCAAAAUGCUUUUUAUAUAUCAAUUUCCCAAAUUUCCGCAUCCACAUUGGCUUUGGUGAUUUUUUGCCUUUUCAAGCAAAAUAAAUGAAAAAUAUGUAAAUUAUUACUGGUUUUCCCAACAUAUAUUUUAGGUGCAAUGUCGACAGUAGGUUUUAUCCCUACAAAUCUGAUAUUAAUAAUCACAAUUAAAUAUUCACUUUUUUCCUAUUCAAAAACUGAUGAAUAUGUAAACCUUACGCCGAAAGAAAUUGAUGUAGGAAUUAUAGGAAUUAUUUUAGGAAUAUUUUCACUAGUCCAACUGACUGUUUUAUGUAUUUUUCGUGAAAUUUUUACUGCUGACACUCGGCACUCAUUUGCUUGGAAAAAUAUUAAAUCAAGGUCAAAUUCUUCGUAUGAUAUGCUUUUAGUGAUUUGCAAACAAUUUUUUGUAUUUAUGCACAUUUCGAUGAACUCUAACUCCCCUAAUAUGACAAAGUUUUUAUUUAAUUGUGAUAAUAAAUUUGAAUUAUAAUAUGGCGUUUCCACCUAGCAUGGCCUCCGGCCAUGCAGCUUCCGAGCACAUAUUUUAAUUAUAUCCGGCAAGGUUUGCCAAUCUAGAAAUGGACAGCAAUGCUAGAUAAUCAAUUCUGGUAAUGUACAGACCUUAGCCCAAGUCCAAUUUCAGGGUUGGAUUUCACCUCGAGGGAAAGGAGGGUUUGGGUUUGGAAAGGGCAAGCCAGCAAGGUCUGCAGGUAAUACCCAGACCAAUCGGGCAACUGCCUAGCGUGAAACCGGGAGUUACGUCCCAGGAUCCAGACUUUUCCUUUUUGCGAGAGGUCGACCAGAAAUUCCAUUUUUUGGGAUUUUUGGAUGGCCAACUCGUGACCCAUGCAGCAGCCCCCAGAAGUCCAUAGUCUGCCCACUCAACACUGGACCCGACAAGGGGAGGAGGAGAUGUACUAAACAGAAUCCCACACUUCAGAAGUGCCAUGGCAUCAGGCGCUGAAGGAGAAGAAAGGCGGUGUCAGAGCCGAAACACUUGCCCGGCGAAUCAUUGCCUCAAUUCAAGCAAGGCGAAGCUGAAGACGGCGCAACUGAAUGAACCUCCCGUAUGGGAAUAAGGCAGACGCCACCCUGUAAUAAUGUUAAUGUGAUAAUAAAUUUGAAGAAAAAAAAUUAUAGUUAACUACACUGACUGGCACGGGGUGCUUUUGGCUCGAAACUGAGCCAAAAGCACCCCGUGCCAGUCAGUGUAGUUAACUAUAAAUCAAUUUUGCUAUAUUUGGACUUUUUGGUUUACGAUUUUUAGAGAGUUUAAUUAACCAAAGAAAAUAAAUACCUAAUUAAACACCUUAUUAUAGAAAAUCAAUUGUAAAAUAAAAACCCAUUCAACUUUUUUUUAACUUUUUUAUAAUAAUUUUAUCUUACUACAAAGUCUUUUGCUAAAACUUUUACCUUGUUAUUGUUUAAGGGGUAAGAAGGUUUGGUACUAUAGCAUAAUCAUGAUUUUUUCUGGAAUACUUGCAUUCAUAGCAUGAAAGUCUGAUUCUUAUUAUAGUCCAAUAGUUAACCUUAUUCAAAUUUCUACGAUGCUUGGACUAAUGGGAAUUUCAUUAAAUUUUUUAAUUGGGAUUUGAAUGGACAAUUCAGGAAUUAUUCCAUUACUGAGCAUUUGUGUUGUCCCUCUGGCUCUUGGACUAAUUUUUUACUGAAUACGCAAAUUUUCAUUAAAUAAGCCAAAUAAAGGGAUUUAUUUAGACCAGCACACAUUCGAAUUGACAAUAAGAAAACAAUUAAUUUCUAGAAAUUAUCAAAAUUAUUCACAAAUUUUCGACAAAUUUUCAGAAAUACAUAAAACCUCUCAAAUUAUUAAAGAUAAGCUUUUGGUAGCAUGAGAAGUGAAUUAUUGCUUAUUUUCAGUAAAAGAUAUUAGUUUAGCAAAAAUAAAAUUAGCCAGAAUGUCUCAAGUUCGUGAUAGUUUUGAAGGAGAAGUUCAAGAACAAAGAAUAUACCAAUGAUUUAAAUUAAACGAAAAAAACCUUGAUGACGAAAAUGAUUUUUUAGUUUAUUUAAACGAGUUAGAGCUCGCAAAAAGAGAAGACAAAGCUCUAUGCAAAUUUUUAUUAGAUUUAUGAAAAGAAGCCUCACUUGAAAAACCUAAAAUUUCUAAGCUUGAAUAUUUAGUCAAAAAUUCAGCAUCAUUAAUCAAAUCAGUGAAUUCAAUUUAUACAAAACUUUUAAAAGAAAAACACCCAAAAUCUCAUGAAAUUUAUGGAAGUUUACUACAGAAUAUUCUUUAUGAAUUUAACAGAGGAAAAAUAAUUUUAGACAAAGCUUCGACGUAUGCCAUCGAACAAGAGUCAAAAAAAAUAGAAAAAAUAGAAAAUUUUGAAGAAGGAAAUGGGAAUAUUUUAAUUUCAGCUGAUAAAGACUCACUUGGAGUUAUUGUUUAUAUAAAUGAAGUUGCAGCUCAAAUACUAAAAGGAACAGUAACAAAUAUCUUGGAAAAUAAUAUAAUUCAAUAUAUCCCAUCACCUUAUAAUCAAAAUCAUUUAGAAAUUAUGAAAACCUUUAUAGAUAAUUGUAUAAAUCCUGAAAUAUUGAGAACUCACUCAUGAUUUAUAAUGGAUCAUCAAGGGUACUUGCAUGAACUUCAUACAUUAAUCAAACUGACAGCACUUAGGGAAAGUUUAUUCUUUAUGGUGUCUAUGAAGCCUAUUGCUUCUAACCAUCAAGUUGCAUUGAUAUCAAAGGAUGGCUUAAUUUUCUGCCAUAGUGAUCUUUUUCCAGAUGCUUUAGAUUUACCAAACAAAUUUCUUAACUAUCAGAAUAUUUCAUCUUAUAUUCCUAAAUUUUUUGAGCUCGAGCUUUUCGAGCCAGAACUAAUUGUAACUCGACAAACAAUUGCAGUUAUCCAUGGGAUAAAAAAUUUUAAAAAAUCUGAAGUCCAUUAUGUUAUAUUAAUUACUGAUAAAAACGAAAUAACAGAAUGGCUAAAAAAAGAUACUUACGAGCAGAGAGAAUUUUUCGGUCAACUUAUAAAUACUUCUAUAAUAAAUGAACAUAAGCCAAGUGAAACUAAAUUAACAACAGACCAAGAUGAUGACAGAAUAAGGAAACGGAAAAGCAAUAUGAGCAUAACAACUUUUAUAGAUGAUAUUGGCGAUGUCAGCAUUACCCUAAAAGGCCAAAAAUUCGAAGAAAAAGAGUCAAAUAUUUCAUUUCAAGUCAACUCCUAUAAUUUUAUUAACAGUAAAAAAUAG